CUAACCUCGGUGUUUACUGCAGUAACCCAGACAUAUCUUCCUUCUCUUUCAGAUAGUUAUGGUCGAGGAAUGCAAGACUUUGAGGGAGAAGAUUUAAAAAGGAAGCUGAGUACUCUUGAUCAUUACUCCCAACAAGGAUGGGUGUAUUUCAACCACAGUUUCUAUUAUAUUUCUGCUAUUCGAAAGUCCUGGAAGGAGAGUAGAGAUGACUGUCAGAAAAGAGAUGCAGACCUGAUCAUUAUUAACAGCAAAGAAGAACAGGAAUUUGCGAGGUGCUUCAAACAGCCCACAUGGAUUGGACUUACCAACAGAGAGUCAAAUGGGACUUGGAGAUGGGUGGAUGGGACUGCACUGGAGACAAGCUAUUUGCAAGAUGGGGAGCCCAACAAACAUGAAGGAAAAGAUUAAGAUUGUGGAGAAAUAAGAUUUUUUGAAAAGGAAAACAACUGGAAUGAUGUACAAUGUGAACUGCAAAGAUUCUGGAUCUGUGAAAAAGUGAUGGCUCUAUAACUCAUGAGAACCAAAACCCACAAGAUUGUGAUCAAUAAGCUGCAGGAUGAAGUGCUUAUCAUCAUGUCGAUUGGGACAUUCCGGCAGCCCAUAAUACGGCUGUGCUGUCUUUAAGUCAGAAGGUGGUGGGUUCAAUCCCAGCCAUGCAGUUAUCAUGUUGAUUUAUCCUAGUGUGUAUUGUGCUGCUUUUUAAAUGUGUUCUCAAACCUGUUAAAAAUCACACCUUAAACUCCUGUUAGAGUAUUAGAUAGUAACAAAACCUUUAAUAGCAACACGAUUUUUUACGCUAAUAAACAUGUAUAUCUGGCUCUGAAGUGAAGUGUACGUCUUGUGCCAAUUCCAUCAAUCAAAGUCAAUCAAAGUUUAUUUAUUUAGCCCAAUAUUACAAAUUGUACUUUUGUCUCAGGGGAUUUCAGUUUAUACAGAACAGGAAUACGCCAUAAUUUCCGGUGUUGUAAGCUAAUAAAAUAAUUAUUGAAGAGAGAAGGGUCACUGUGUUUCUCCUUGUGUAAAACUUGACACAAAGCUUCCAAAUAAAAAUGGGACUGGUCAGAGGAAGUGAAAUAAAAUAU